UGAAAUACAAUAAAACAUAGGGAUAAAUAUUGUGGCGUGGUGGUCAUGAGCGAGGGAGACAUGACCACGGGGGCAAAGGACGUUGGAUAGUGAACUCGAGGAGAGGCUCGAAACCUUAAAGAAGCAGUGCCAUGCACGGCAGGAACAUUCGAGAGGCAGCUAGGAUGGCCAGCCCCACCCCUCCACACCUGCCUCUCAUCAAGAGGUUAUACAGGGCUUUUAUUUAGGAAUCUGAAAUUUUAGACAUGGUCUCAGAUCUGUCAAUACUCUUGUCAACUCAAUUGCUGAGAUCCAUUAACUUUGUGUUUGAUUUUUAAGACUUUUUACACCUGAGCUAAUUUAAGAGUGACUUAUCCAAAUGUAAUAUUUCAUUUUUGUAUUGUUAAUGUAUCAUUUCAUUUUCACAAUAAUAACAGAAAUCCUUUAAAGGUUUGAGGAAUGGGGUGUUCAUGUGUGGAAAAAUCCAAAGCGCUAGUAAUGACACACUGUACAACAUCAGACCCCCACCCAACGUCAGCCCUCCACUCCUAAAGAACGUGACUUCUUUAGGAGUGAUGGUCUAAAGGUGAACUGGCUGGAGUUUAGGAGUCACCCCGAUUUCGCCGGACCCCCACAAAAUGCAAUGUGUAUUCCAGCCCAGCAGAUGGCGAUCUAACUUCACAGUGACUGAUGGUGAGCUGUCAUGAAAGAAGACUUCAGGUUGUUUAGCUUUUUUUUAUGCACAUUGAGAGAAAGACAUACCAGGGAGACUCAUAAACACAUACUGGCCAUUUAUUAAUGUUCAUUUUAUUACUAAAGUUAUCCAAUUGGCUGGCAUUUUAAUCAGUGUUUUAUAGUUGUGAGGCUCCUUUGUUGAGAUCAGUAGCCAGCAAAACGUUAGCUUCUUAUGGACCAGUGGGAAACCACUGUCAACUGAGCGUGCGCCUCUCCUAGCUACCGUAGCUAGUACUGUAUCCCGGUCAUCUAACGAACAUGGUUAGUGGACCACCCAAGCCACAGCAACGCGGCGACUGCUCCUUCACAGAAGACUUCGUUAGCUGUACUGUGUCAGCGUAGCCAAAGCAGCAGGGCUGAUGCCUCGUAUUAACAAAACAGCAGUCCUAGCCCUCCUUACAGCAACCAGCUCUAUAUUCCUGCUCUUCCAGCUUUAUUACUACAGACAGCAUGUCUCCCAGAAUGGACCACAUAUCUUUGGUCGAACAGUACAUCUAUCUGGAAAGGAUACUCAAUGGAAGGUGGUGAAGAAGUUCAUGGGCCUGGUCCAUAAGUACAACCUGCCAGUGUUCCUGGUGGACACAGCCUCUCUAAGCAUCCUGUCUCAGGGGUCGAUGCUGCUGAAGGACAGUCUGGUCAAAGAGCCUCACUGUUCCUUCCUCUGCACAAACCGAGACUUUGUGACCUUCGCCCUGCUUGGCAACCUCUGGAAAUAUGAUGCUGGUCUGGUAUCUGCAGCUGAAGAGAAGGGCUUUGAAUUGUUAGAGGUGCGAGGCAAAGACCCCCGAUUGGUCAGCAUGGACGACCUAUCGGGAAACGAGAUCCCGCUUCACUUCCUGUUCCGUCUCGAUGGUUACGUGGUUCAUGCGGUGGUUCUGUACGAGCGCAGCGGGAACUACCUGUGGCAUGGCCUCCUGCGGCUUAAACCAAAUAUGGACCGCAAGUUUGCCCCGUUCAGAAAGUUGGACUACGGCCAGAACGCCGGAGCCUAUGACAGGCCGGAGCUGGUGCUGACGACACUGGACGGGCUGGAUGUACGGAUCCCCAGGAACAUCACCGGAUUCCUGACUGAAUAUUCACAGGCUCGUUUCUUGGAGUGCCGGUACCGGGAGGCACGCUCCUUCUUUCAGCUGUAUCCGGAUGAUGUGUCUCCUGAGGCCAUGGACUUCAGGAUGAAAGCCAAGGCUCUCCUUCACCUGGCUGCCAGAACCCUCACCAAGCUGCAUGUCCCCUUCUGGCUGAGCAGUGGCACCUGCCUGGGCUGGUUCCGGCAGUGCAGUAUCAUUCCCUACAGUAAAGAUGUGGACCUGGGCAUCUGGAUCAAGGACUACAGACCUGACAUCACACAGGCUUUUCAAAAGGCUGGCCUUCCAUUAAAACACAAGUUUGGAAAGGUGGAGGAUAGCCUGGAACUGUCCUUCCAGGGCCUUGAUGUUAAACUGGACAUUUUCUUCUUCUAUGAGGAGACUGACAUCGUUUGGAAUGGUGGCACCCAGGUUAAAAGUGGGAAGAAAUUCAAGUAUGUGUUCCCUCCGUUCUCCCUCUGUUGGGCGGAGCUGAUGGACCUGAAGGUGCGUGUGCCCUGUGAGACGGUGGACUAUAUCAUCGCCAACUACGGCCCCACCUGGGACACACCUGUCAAGACCUGGGACUGGAAGAGCUCUCCGCCCAACGUCCAGGAGAACGGCGUUUGGCCUGUCCAGGAAUGGGAUGAGGUCAUCCAGGUGUACUGAAUACAGAAGUAGUUACAUUACUCCUUGAAUACACUGUAAACGAGUGCCCUCCAUCUGAAGACUCAAUUCAAAGUGUGCACUUUACUGGAGUCUGCUACCAUGGAGUGUACCCGGCCUGGGUACUGGGUGACCUUCACGUAGCUGAAAACUGAAGAAAAUAAACUGAAACAGAGAGUGACAAGCUGAACUAUCCAGUUAGAAAUGACAAUAACAACUGUAAAGACAGUUGAUAAGGUAGGGAUAACUGGUGUCCUGUCACACUAUAUCACUUCUCUAAUUUCAUGUCUUUCAAGUCAUUUAGCAAACCACUUAUCUACAGUGACUAAUACUACGAGUUGCAUAAAUCUUCAUUCUUUGGAAUUAAGAAACAUUCUGAUGAUGUAUUAUUUGUGCUCCUGGUUUGAAAUACUGUAUUAUGUUUACUAAGACAUCUCGUUACCAUGUUGAAGAGCUGCUGAUAUUACUUACUACUGAAAUGCAUGUGUCAUUAAGAUGGGUAGGCUCUGGCCCCUGAGUAUACCCAUGUCCUGGGUAACCUCUGUGGGGUUCCCAGCAAGCAGAUACUUUCUUUUUUAUGAUGUAAUACCAUCAUCAUACAUCACAACCUUUAACAUAUUAACAUCAAUAAAUAUAUAAUUAAUAUGACAA